AUGCCAGUUUUCGAGGGCGGUGCCGUCCUCACGGUGGUUGCUUCCCUCGCAGCCAUCGCGGCGCCUGUAUCUGCGACCGCAACUCUGACGGCCGAAUAUCUCGCUACGGCCGGUAACAGCUCCCUCUUCACCCGCUGGAGGCCUCGCUCUCACUUCCUCUCGCCGCACAGCUGGAUGAACGACGCUUGCGGCGCGGUAUAUGAUGCGGCAACCGAGACGUAUCACUUGCACUACCAGUUCCAUCCCAACCACGUGGACUGGGGCAACGUCUCCUGGGGGCAUGCGGUCUCUAAGGACCUGUUUCACUGGACUGACGACCCGCGCCUUUCCCUCGCCUCUGGCAAGUACGCCGCCGGUCCUCUCUCGCAGUUCACCGGCACGACCCAGCCGGUCAACGUGAAGGGCGUCAACGACGGCACCCUGCUGACUUUCAGCACCGGUAUCCACGCCUUACCGGUUAACUGGAAUCAGCCGUAUUCUGCCGGUGGUGAGGUACAGGCCUUAUACACCUCUACUGAUGGUGGCCACACGUGGGAGGAGGUCGGCACUGUUAUUUCUGACCCCCCCAAGGGUUGGAAUGUUACCGGAUGGAGAGACCCCAACUUCUUUCCCUCGACGGAGCUUGACAGCCUUCUCCAGGUCAGCGAGCCUCACUACUACAUGGUCCUCGGCUCCGGUCUCAAGACCGGCGCCUCAAGCUCCGGCUAUAUCGGGCCUCGGGUGCCGCUCUAUACCGCGCCCGCCUCCAACCUGACUCAAUGGGCUUUCCUUGGCGCCCUGUGGGAGCCUGUUGCCAACUCGUCCCUUGGCAACCCUGACGUUACUGGGUCCUACGGUUACACGUUUGAGGUCGGCAACUUCUUUAACCUCCCCGCUGGCGAGGAGAAGGCCUGGUUCGUUCUCGUAGGUAGCGACGGCGGUGAGACCAAUCAGCAUUGGAGGAGCAAAUGGGCUCUCUGGAACCGUGGAGACGUUGCGCGCCGUGAUAACGGCUCUGUCGAGUUCACUCCCAACUCUGGCACCGCAUUAGACUGGGGUAUGUCCUACGCACAGGCUACUUGGACCGACAACCACGCCCGGCGCAUCGUGUGGGGGUGGGCCAACGAAGACUUUCUGCCCGACUACGCCUUCAAUACUUCUAAGCAGUUUGGCUACAGGGGAUCUUUCAACCUGCCCAUGGAGCUGUAUGUCAAGGAGACCACAGGCGUACAUAAUUGCGGCACCCAACAAGACGGCAACUUUUGUAUCGAGAGCUGCAAUGGCACCGUCGCGCAGACCCUCGGCAUCCGCCCCCUUCCGGAUGUCAUUCAGCUUCUUCGCAAGGGCACCAAGACCUACGACUUCCAGGUCGGUAAGCUCGUCGACGCCAACAUGUCCGUUUCCGCUAACAUGGGUACCUCCUACGAGCUGACGGCGACUCUCAGCGACUUCAGAGGGCGGGCCGGCAUCAUCGUCGGCCAGAGCCCCGACAGGGCCGAGUAUACCACCAUCGCCUUCGACCCGUCCACCUCGCAGAUCGGCGUCCUCCGCAGCCACAGCAGCCUGCUCAAAAACUUCAACAAGGCGAGCUUCGUCGGCCACUUUGAGCCCUACAAGAUCCGCGGUGAGGCCGGUGACGGCGCCGCUGCCACGGAGGACCUCGAUUUCCACAUCGUCCUCGACGGUUCCCUGCUCGAGAUCUGGGUCAAUGAGCGCUUCGCGCUGACGGCGCGCAUCUACCCCUCGCGCAACGACAGCACCGGCCUCGGCUUCUUCGCCGGCGACGCGGCGACGUGGAAGGACGUCAGGGUCUGGGCCGGCCUGGCCAAGGCGUGGCCCGAGAGGCCGGACGAUACCAGCGUUCCCUUGGUCUGGGAUUCCCCCGAGCAGACGAACAACUACACUUGGUGGACGGGGUACUAG